AUGGGCUAUGACAAAAAAAAUGAAGCUGAAGAAAUUGCAGCUGAUGAAAAACAACACCUUCAAAAUAAAAUAUAUGAGCUUGAAAAAUCGAACAAAGAGUUGAAUAAUAAAAUGGAUACACUAAAAAAACUUCAAAGAUUAGAGAUGGAAAAUAUUAAAGCAAAGUUUAAUAAAGAGCGAUUACAACGAGAAAAAGAAUUUAAUGACCACGGAGUUAUGAUGAGAGAAUUACAAAAGUUAAUGGCUGAAGAACGUAGGCAAAAGGAACAAUCUGAAUCGUUAGCAGAUGGCUUACAAAAAGAAGUUGUACAUUUGCACAGAGAAAAUGAAAACUUAAAAAAAGUAGCCCAAGAUAUGGAGAAUGAACUGAAAGAAAUUAAACAUAAACUAAAGUAUAGGGAAGAUGAAACAUCAAAUAUGUUAUCUCAGUUACGACAUGAAGUUAAAGCAGUGAGACAGAACCAUUCGAUUGCCAUUUCUCAAGAACAACAAAGAGCAACAGAUGCAGAAAAUCGAGCCAGAGAACUUGCAAUUGCACAUGAAGUGAGAGUUUCAAAUUUAGAAACACGUUUGACAGAACUUUCAAAUUCAAUUGGUGUUUAUGAUAAAAUUAGACAUCAAGAUGAACUGACAAUACAAUCAUUAAAGGAACAAAUACAAAAAUUAGAAAUAGAAAAUGAAAAUGAUGAAGAGUACACUGUAUCUGAAAUAGUUGAAAAAUUUAAACACUUUAAAACUCUUUUAUUAAAUUUAGCCAAGACAUCAGAAGUCCCUUUAAAUAUUGAAGAUAUAAUAUUAAAAGAUUUUGAUCUUGAUAUUUACAAUUAUAAAAUGAAACACAUUGAAUAUUCAGAUCAACAAGAUGAAAAUAAUUCGUCUUCCAAGCAAGAUAAUUCAGUUUUAUUAAAUCAAGUAAAAAGUCUAAAACAACAAGUUAAUACACUACAAUUUGAACGAGAUCAGCUGGAACGCAAGUACAAAGAAAAAUUAGAAGAAGAUAAUGAAGAAAAUAAUAGUUGGAAAGAAAAAUAYAUGACAAAUGAUUUGGAAUGGCGUAAACGAACAUCAAUUCUAGAACAGCAAUUAUUAAGACAACGUGAUAAAGCACAAGAACUUGUGUUAGAAAAAGAACUGGAGCUAAAUACCCUACGUGAAACUCUACAUUCUACAAAAUAUAAUAGAAAAACAUCCCAUUCCUCAACUGGUUCAAGAAAAGAGUUCCAGGAAUAUUUGGAUGAAGAAUCUAACAAAAAAGGAUCGCAUCUGCUUCAUUAUGCGCACGAAUUAGCCCUGAAAGAUAUGGAGAUAUCCAAAUUUAGAAAGUCCAAGUCUAAAAUAGAAUCCAAGUAUAGAGACUUACAAAAAAGUACAGCUGAUAUGCAGCAGCAGUAUAAAGCAGAUGUUGAUAAACUAAACCAACAGUUAAUAAGACUUGAAUCUUGUAAAUCUAGAGAAGGUGCUAAUUUAGAAUAUCUGAAAAAUGUGACAUUGAGUUAUUUUCUUACAGCUGAUGAUAAAAUUCGAAAACAUAUGGUAAAUGCAAUAGCAGCAGUUUUGAAAUUUUCUGAUAGUGAAACAGAGAAGGCUAUUAAAAGUCUAUCACAAAGCAAAAAAAAACCUUUUUUUUUUUUUUUUUUUUUUUGCAUGAUUAUUGAGUGA